ACCUGCGCGCGGGUGCGGCGCGCUGCGGGGUGACCGACGCAGGCAGAAGCGGGCGGCGUGCUGAAGGCUAGUCGGCGCAGCUUGGAGCCGGCCGCCGGAUUGGCUGCGGCACUCGCGUGUCAGGCGGUUGCUAGGUUCCGGCCGCGCGCCCCGCCCUCGCGCUCGGCGCCCUCUCACCGCUCGGGCCUCUGCUCUCCAGGAGGAUAAAGCUUUUAAAGCUGCCUAGUACUGGAAGCUGAGACAGGUCUCUUGUAUCUUAGGCUGAUCUGGAUCUUGAUAUAUGGCUGAGUGUGACCGUGAACUACUGAUCCUUCUGCUUCCAUCUCUUAGUGUUGGGUUAACAGAGCAAAGCACAGUGGAAAAAUAACUAUUAAUGGGCUGGAGAGAUGGUUAAGACCAGUGACUGCUCUUGGAGAGGACCCAGGUUCGAUUCCCAGCACUCACAUGGCAGGUGCUGGAAUUACAGUCAUGCAUCUCUAAGCCCAGCUCCCACAUCCAGUUCUGAGACAGGUGGGUGGGUGAGUAGUGACUGAGAUCUGAAACGGAUCCUGCAGAGAUUACAAGUGAAGACUGCUGGUUUUGUGGUGACUUUUUCCCAGAGAGGCUCCUGGUGCUGUAGGAUGGAGCAGGUGUACAGAGGGUGAGGUCCCAACUCCGGGACCACGUUACUACUGGCUUCCUUGGCAAGACUGUCCGUGUGAGCAAACUUUAGCCUGAGAUGAGGAUGUCUGUGGGCCUCUGGCUCCUAUACCCCCUCUGGGGAAGGACCUUUCUUCUCCUGCUGUCUGUGGCUUUGGCUCAGUCCCACUGGCCCAGUGAACCCUCGGAGGCUGUGAGGGACUGGGAGAACCAGCUGGAGGCGUCCAUGCAUUCAGUGCUCUCAGAUUUCCAUGAGGCUGUUCCCACUGUGGUUGGCAUUCCUGAUAGCACAGCUGUCGUUGGGCGCUCAUUUCGAGUGACCAUUCCAACAGAUUUAAUUGCCUCCAGUGGAGAAAUCAUCAAGGUAUCUGCAGCAGGGAAGGAGGCCUUGCCAUCUUGGCUACAUUGGGACCCACAGAGUCACACCUUAGAGGGCCUUCCCCUUGACACUGAUAAGGGUGUACAUUACAUCUCAGUCAGUGCUGCACGGCUUGGGGCCAAUGGGAGCCAUGUCCCCCAGACCUCCAGUGUGUUCUCUAUUGAGGUCUACCCUGAGGACCACAAUGAACCACAGUCUGUGCGGGCAGCCUCACCAGACCCUGGUGAGGUAGUAUCAUCUGCUUGUGCUGCUGAUGAGCCUGUGACUGUUCUGACAGUGAUUCUGGAUGCUGACCUCACCAAGAUGACCCCAAAGCAAAGGAUUGAUCUCCUGAACAGGAUGCAGAGCUUCUCAGAAGUAGAACUUCACAACAUGAAGUUAGUGCCGGUAGUGAAUAAUAGACUGUUUGACAUGUCAGCCUUUAUGGCUGGCCCAGGAAAUGCCAAGAAAGUGGUAGAGAAUGGGGCUUUGCUGUCCUGGAAGCUAGGCUGCUCUUUGAACCAGAAUAGUGUGCCUGACAUUCGAGGUGUGGAAACCCCUGCUAGGGAGGGUGCUAUGUCUGCCCAGCUUGGUUACCCUGUGGUGGGUUGGCACAUUGCCAAUAAGAAACCCACUCUUACCAAACGAAUCCGGAGGCAGAUCCAUGCCACACCCACACCUGUUACUGCCAUUGGACCCCCAACCACAGCCAUCCAGGAACCACCUUCCAGGAUAGUGCCUACCCCCACAUCUCCAGCCAUUGCACCUCCAACAGAGACCAUAGCUCCUCCUGUUAGAGAUCCUGUUCCUGGGAAACCCACGGUCACCAUUCGGACUCGAGGUGCCAUUAUUCAGACCCCAACCCUGGGCCCUAUCCAACCUACUCGGGUGUCAGAAGCUGGCACCACAGUUCCUGGCCAGAUUCGCCCAACAUUGACCAUUCCUGGCUAUGUGGAGCCCACAGCAGUUGUUACUCCUCCAGCAUCUACCACCAAAAAGCCACGAGUAUCCACUCCAAAACCAGCAACGCCUUCAACUGAUUCUUCAGCUACUACGACUCGCAGGCCAACCAAGAAACCACGGACACCCCGACCUGUGCCCCGGGUCACCACUAAAGCUCCCAUUACCAGAUUGGAGACAGCCUCCCCACCUACUCGCAUCCGUACCACCACCAGUGGAGUACCCCGAGGGGGAGAACCCAACCAGCGGCCAGAGCUUAAAAACCACAUUGACAGGGUCGAUGCUUGGGUGGGUACCUACUUUGAGGUGAAGAUCCCAUCAGACACCUUCUAUGACAAUGAGGAUACCACUACUGAUAAGCUCAAGUUGACCCUGAAGCUGCGAGAGCAGCAGCUGGUAGGCGAGAAGUCUUGGGUUCAGUUCAACAGCAAUAGCCAGCUCAUGUAUGGCCUGCCUGACAGCAGCCAUGUGGGAAAGCAUGAGUAUUUCAUGCAUGCCACAGACAAGGGGGGUCUGUCUGCUGUGGAUGCCUUUGAGAUCCAUGUUCAUAAGCGUCCGCAAGGGGACAAGGCUCCUGCAAGGUUCAAGGCCAAGUUUGCAGGUGACCCAGCACUAGUGGUGAAUGACAUCCACAAGAAAAUUGCCUUGGUGAAGAAGCUAGCCUUUGCCUUUGGGGACCGAAACUGCAGUACCAUCACCCUCCAGAAUAUCACCCGUGGCUCCGUUGUGGUUGAAUGGACCAACAACACUCUGCCCCUGGAGCCCUGCCCCAAGGAGCAGAUCAUAGUGCUGAGUCGCAGGAUUGCUGAUGAAAGUGGGAAACCUCGGCCUGUCUUCUCUAAUGCCCUGGAGCCAGACUUUAAGGCCAUGAGUAUUGCUGUGACAGGCUCAGGCAGCUGUCGGCACCUCCAAUUUAUCCCUGUGGCACCACCCUCUCCAGGCACCUCAGCAGCACCAGCCACAGAGGUGCCAGACAGGGACCCUGAGAAGAGCAGUGAGGAUGAUGUUUACCUGCACACAGUCAUUCCAGCUGUCGUGGUUGCAGCCAUCCUGCUCAUUGCUGGAAUCAUUGCCAUGAUCUGCUAUCGCAAGAAGCGGAAGGGCAAGCUGACCCUUGAGGACCAGGCCACCUUUAUCAAGAAGGGGGUGCCUAUCAUCUUUGCAGAUGAGCUGGAUGACUCCAAGCCCCCACCCUCUUCCAGCAUGCCACUCAUCUUGCAGGAGGAGAAGGCCCCUCUCCCGCCUCCUGAGUACCCUAACCAGAGUGUGCCCGAGACCACUCCUCUGAACCAGGACACUGUGGGAGAGUACACGCCCCUGCGGGAUGAGGAUCCUAAUGCACCUCCCUACCAGCCUCCCCCACCCUUCACAGCCCCCAUGGAGGGCAAGGGCUCCCGUCCCAAGAACAUGACCCCAUACCGGUCACCCCCUCCGUAUGUACCCCCUUAACCCACAAGCGCCUGGGUGGAGGCAGGAGUAGGGCAGGGGUCUGGAGACAACUCGGUGUUGUCUGUAGAGACAGGUGAACCUCAGACUACCGCCCACUGGUAGCCAACACCCGACCUAGCACACUGACACACGGGGCCUGGACAAGCCCACCCUCUCUGGUCCUCCCAAACCCCAAAUCUGCUGGAGAGACUUUGGGGACUUUUUAUUUUUAUUUUUUGCCUAACAGCUUUUUGUUUGUUCAUAGAAAAUUCUUCGCUGCGUUUUUGAUGGCUGGCUCUGAAAGCACUGUUGAGCAGAGGUAGAAGGAGGGAGCGAGGAACCGUGAAUGAACUUGCAGGCAGUGCUGGGUAUCCCCAGCUCUCUGCGUUUUGCCUUUAACACUAACUACUGUUUUUUCUAUUCACGUGUGUCUAGCUGCAGGAUGUAACAUGGAAAACAGUAGCUAAAGAUUAAAUUCAAAGGACUUUCAGAAGUUAAGGUUAAGUUUUUACAUUUAAUCUGCUGUUUACCUAAACUUGUAUGUAUAAUUUUUGGGGUGGGUAUGGGGAAUUGCUUUGCUAAAAAUAAGCUCCCAGGGUGUUUCAAACUUAGAGAAGACCAAGGGACAGUAUUUUUUAUCAAAGGAAUCCUAUUUUUUCACACUAUGUCAACUUGGUUGCUCUGAUACCCCAGAGCCUGACUGAGGGCCUCCUGGUCCUGGCUCUGGUGCCAGGGCCCUGGUGCUGGGUUUGCUCUCCCGCUGUUGGCCAGGGGCUGGAAGCUGGAGGGACCUCUUGGGCCAUGGACAUCCCGACCUCCACCCCAUGCACCCUAGUGGCCCACCACCAAGGGGGGGUCUUCAUUUCCAUGGAAAAGGGACUCCAAGAGGCAUUGGUGGCUGUGGCCCCCAACCUAGGUGCUCCAAGGUGGGCCAGCUGCUCAUGGGGGCACCUGGGAAGGUCGAAGGACUCGACCACAUCAACCCAUUUUCUUUCUCCCUUCUCUGUGGGUUUUUGUUUUGUUUAGUUUUUCUUUGCUUUUUUCCUUCCCUCCUAAAAGGAAUGUCAUGGUUUUUGAAACACUCAGUGGGGGACAUUUUGGUGAAGAUGCAAUAUUUUUAUGUCAUGUGAUGUUCUUUCCUCACUUGACCUUUGCCACUUUGUCCCGCCUGUCCACAGCCCAGUCCAGCAUACCCCAUCCCUUUUCUCUGGCGCUCCAGUCCCAGGCCUUGGGCCUGAAAUACUGGAAAAGGUCUGGUGACUGGGGAGGAGUGCCAGCAAUAGUUCAUAGUAAAAAUCUGUGGGCUCUCAAAGCUAAUUUUUUACUAAAGUUUUUAUACAGCCUCAAAUUGUUUUAUUAAAAAAAAAAAGAUUAAAAACGGUGAUACUUAACAG